AUGCCGGCCCCUACUGCCCCGUCAGAUUCGAGCACAAACGACAGUACCACACCACCAGGUGGCGAUAUUCUCCACAAAGCGUCGCAGGCGGACGUAGUCAAAUUAUUAACUGUCACAAACAGACAGACGUUUGAAUGUUUAAAGGUCUUCUGCGAGAAGUAUCAGCCGUACAAGGAAAAGAGGAUAUUCCGUUCGUCGGCCACCGAGGCGAAAAGAAAGAUGUACAAAUCUGUCGUUAAGCAAGCUCUCGCUUACGCGACCACGAUCAACCUCAGUAUUGGCAUUGCCGAGAAGGGAAUGGGCAUUUCGAGGAACGCUGCAGAUGCACUAGCACUCAAGGAUGACUGUGUUGAUUGGAUUGUCCAACCUAUGCUUGACACAGCAAACCAGGCGCUCGAGGAUGUACAAGGCAUCUUGAAGAGAUUCAGGUCUAUUCGAGUAUCACUAUAUGAGACGAUGAAGGGGAUAAGCCCAAAUAACAUACCUCUACCACAAGGAGAAAAUGCUGGGGACGAGGCCCCGCAUCGUGUGACCCCCCAAGAACUGCGAAAGAUGGACGAGAACCGCCUGACUGACGUGACUUUAGCCAUUCUUGACCAUUUCAUAGACAUUGUGACGGAGUUCGUCAAUUGGUGGACUAGCUUACGGGUCGACGUAGAUCGUUUGAAGGGCACCAUCGAAUACUACGCAAAACAUCCAGAAAUCAGUGAACAGGUUCGCCAGCGUUGGAUUGCGAUGGAAGGCCAUUAUCAAGCGUAUCAUUCCGAGAUUGCAAGCCAACAGGAUUAUUACAAUGACAUCUUGAAGGAUACGAUCCCGAAGACAGUGAUUCAACGUUUAUUUGAGUUUCAUUGA